AUGUGGGGUGAAUGCUAUCUAUUGGUGUUACAAAAGAUGCCUCUUUGGCUUUUGAAGAGUGAUAUCAUAGUGAGUUUCAAGUUCGCCUUUUUUUCAACACAAUUGUCGCCCUGUCUCAAAACAGAUGAGUUUAUGAUCAUUGACUACCUUCUUCAUCCCGACUUAGAAUUCUUUAAGAUUUUUCUUGAAUGUCUCCAAGGUUCUACAGACUUUGCUGCUACAGCUGCUUUAUCUAUGUUCACCAUCGUUCUAAACAUCGAUAUUCUCUAUAAAUUUUUGUCACGGCCUUUGUUCAUCAAAGCAAUUACUUUGUAUAUUCUCUUUGCCAGGGUGGGGCGGAGGCUGUCAAAGGCUUUGAUGUUAUCCUCGUUGAAGCCUUUGAUUUUUUAUAUAGAUCAACCAAAGGCUCGUAUUCGAAUCACUGUGAAACUCAAAAAACUGUACUGGGAUUGA